UCUAUCGCAGUAACCUUCUUCCGUUAAGCUGUCAAACCUUUGCAUGUAACGGUGUCAACCGGAAGUUCAACAGAACCAAUUUCGACCCGGAAAUUGACCCUUCUUUGAAUUAUGGAAGAACAGGAUGCGGACCGUCACCUCAAAGCCGUCCUUCGAACGGUGGCCCUAGCUUCGGUACUGGGCAAUGUUACCCAACUGGUCAAACGACGUCGCGGAAGCCCACCCAAAAUUACCAAAGAGCAAGAGCUGCAGCAACACCUGGAUCGAGCCAAAGAUGCCCGGGCCGGUCGACUGAACGUCAUUGGACCGAAGCAUCGUUUCAUCCUGGAAGGGGCGGCCCACAUCUUGAACUUGGACCCCGAAGUGCUGAUAGACUGCGCCGCGGACAAGGAUGAAUCGGUGCAGAAGAUGGAGCGGAUGUUCGAGGCGGACGGCAUCAAGGGGCUGCUGGUUUACUACGGGAUGUAUCCGGCGCCGGAUUUGACCUCCGGACGGUACAACCCGAAGCAGAAGCGGCAGAAGCUGAUGCAGACGCUGAUUACCGACGGAACGGGCGAGAAGGUUACCGAGGUGUGCGUCGGGGCUUACCGGCAUAACGAGAGUAGGGCGGUGGAAGUGAAGAACUUGGGAGAGGAUAUAUUUUUGAUUGCGAUCACUAUUCCGGAAGGAUGCUCAAUUAUUUUCACGUUGACAUCGUUGAUGGAAAACGUUAGCCAACCAGCGCUGGAAUGUUUGAAGGAUUACGGAUUGUGUACUGAUCUGCAGAAAAGUUACUUCUUCCACGGCGUUGAGACGUUCAUCAAGUUUUUGAAAAGUACCGAAAAGGACAUUUCCGAGCGGAUCAUGUUCGAAGUCGACCACAAUCUGUACAAGGGCUUCCUGCUGACUGCGGUUCAGGUCGAAGAAACGUCCCACGAUCGGGAAAAGGUCUACAUGGCGGAACGGGCCUUUGCCUGGUGGAUGCGCCAGAUACAGUUUGCGUUGACCCAGGGCGACCAGAUUCGACGCGAUCCGUACGAUGUGGGCCCGUUGCACGAGCUGGAAUACUGGCGAAGCAUGUUGACCAAGUACACGUCCAUAGCGGAGUUUAUCGAGUCUCGGCCGUUCGUGGGAUAUUAUACUUGUUUGAAGUUGUCGCGUUCGAAGUUGUUGAAGAAAUGGCGGGACAUGGACAACGAAGUUACGAGCAAGUUGAAUGAGUCGCGCGACAAUGUGCGGUACAUAAGUUCGAUUGAGCGCUUCUGGGAUCCGCUGUAUCGGUGCGAACCGGAUGAAGUAGCUGGGACAAUUUCGAGCUUGUUGACGAUUAUCAGACAGGUGUACAAGACAUCGAGCUUUUACAAUACGUCAGACAGAAUAACCGGACUGUUAUCCAAGGUGACCAAUCAGAUCAUCAUGAACUGUCAACAAUACAUGACAUGUCGAAGGAAAAGUACGAUUUAUGAACAGAAAAUGGAAGAUAUUCUGGCGAAGAUCCAAGUUUGUAAAAGCCUGGAUUCCAUUUAUCGGUUCCAUUAUUACAAGACGGUGAACGACAUGGAAGAGAGCCCGGACGAGACUCCGUGGGAGUGUUCCGAUAUGUACAUUUUCGGAAAGAUGGACACCUUUAACGUUCGACUGGACAAAAUCAAAAACAUUAUGGAACUCUACCUCAAAUAUCAGGUUAUCGACCGCAUUGGAAUUGCUGGAACAAGUACUUUUUCAAACCGCAUCAAAAAAGCGUACGAGGUGAUCGCGUCAAAAACGUAUGAUCCCUUGGUCCAUCGACAGCAUACGUUCGAUGAUGACUACGAAAUCUUCCUGAAGGAGAUAAAAGCAGCGGAGACUGGAUUGCAAAAGUUCACUAAAGAAAUGCUGUCCGUAGUCCCAACAAUUGAAAGCCGUCUGCUGAUGUUGAAUCGCUUCGAGAAGCUCCAACUGGAGUGCCUCAGCCUGGAUCGACGAUACCUGGAAGUUGCAGUUAUGCUAGAAAAGCAGAUAUUCGAAAUCAAAGAUUACUACAACGAGAACCGCGCCGAGCCACCGAUUGUGUGGUGCGUUCCGAACAGCGUAGGUCGAAUAAUGUGGGCGCGGUCGCUGUUUUGCAAGAUGGAUGAUCCGAUCAAGGUGCUGAAGACCCGUUGCGUGAUAGAGCAUAAGAAGGCCCAACUAUGCGUCAAGUACUACAACUAUUUGAGCGAGGUACUUCUGCAUUACGAGAUGCUGCACCACAGAGCUUGGUGGGACUUUGUAGAACAGGCCAGAGAGAAGUUGGAAGCUCCGAUCUACCGAAAGAACAUCCAUACAAACUGGAUGGAAAUGAACUUCCAUCCGUUUCUACGGCAGGUCAUUAAGGAAACUGAAACGGUUCUGAAGUGGGGUUUAGCAGCUCCUGAUUUCGCCGUAUUGUUGGUUCUCCAGAAGGAUAAUCUGUACAACGCCUAUGAACGAGUUAAAGAUCUACUGAGACGGAACAACGCUGUCAGAUUGGCCAUACCGGUGAUCUUCCUACCGUUAAUGAGGACAAUGCUGAUCAAGUUGGAGCAAAUUUUCCUACCCGGAUUGACCAUCAUUACGUGGAUGUCUUUGAACUUGACGGAUUACAUGAAUCAGGUCGAUCAGGUUCUCACACGGGUUGAACAGUUCGUCAAGGAAGUCAAUGACAUCCGCGAAGCACGGAUCGAAGACAUUCUCUAUUCGUUUGCCAACACCGAUUUGAUUGUGCUUCCCAAAGAUGCCGUAAACGCUGAGGAGUUCUCGGAUAUGAAUGUCAAGUACCGGCAGACCAUUGAAAAAUACCUGGAAAAGAAAUCUCAAGCCAUGGAGAAGGCAACGAUCGAGCUGAUAAACAAGUUUGUUGAAAACAUCGAGGUAGCAGAAUUGGAUGAGAAGGGUAAUCGACGGUUCCAGCUUCCGCUGGAUCAGAUCACCAACGAGAACCGAAGACGGGAGGAAGCCCUACCGAUCGACAAGUACGAUUGGAUAAGCUUCGACAAGAUUUACAAGGCGUUGGCGUACCCGUCACCGGAGAUGCACCGGAAAGCAUUGUUCCAAGAUUAUACGGGGCUCAACUAUGAUGUAACGCUACUUCACAUCGACUGUAUGGAGUUGUUCGCUUACUUCAACCACCGGAUCAUAUCAAUUUUCGUGAGAAUGGUGAAGGCAUCUCUGGAGAAGUUGCGUACGCGUAUCAAACUCCUCAAUCUACAAAUGAACAAAGCCGCGACCCUGCGAGACAUCCAGCCACUGCUGAUAACGGAGAUGGAACUAGAACCGGAACAGUGUGUAAUUCAACCGUCACUCGAAGAAAUACAAGCCAACUUCCAGCGGGUGAUCAUGAACGUGGUUGAAACAUUCUAUGCCGUGUUGACUUGGGGUAGACAGGCCAAAACGGAGGCGCGGAAACUUCGCCGUCCAGUUCUGGACGAAAUCCGUCACGAUAAAUCCUGGUUCAGAAUGAUCUCCGAACAUAAGGAGGUGUCCCGUUUCAUUCACGAAUUUGACGGAGGGCUGUUGCUCGUUCAACCGGAUAUUGAACACGAACUUCGGUUGAUGUACAACCACUACGAAUACAUGUGGAAGACUGAUCUCUUUGAAGUCCCACUCGAAGAGAAACCCGCUUUGUUCGAACGAAUCCAACUGGACUUGGGAAGGAUCGAAUUCAUCACACAUGUUGGCCCAAUUUUGAUUCGAUCUGGCCAUGUGAUCAAAGGCGUCUUACUCAAACUGCUGGAAUUCUAUAAUAAACGAGUAUCGGAGAUCGACAAGUUCAUUACUGAACAUGAUGCAACUCUGAACCGCACACUUAAAGACUUGGACGACAUCAAAAUGGCAAUGGAGUGUCUACAGAUAGUUCAGGACAAUUUCACCUUCAUCGACGUAGAUCUUGGAUUCAUCGAAGCCACGUACAAAACUCUAGCUGAAUUCGACUUAGGAAUAACUAAAGAAGACAAGGAUCGCGUCUAUGAAUUAAGAGACGGCUUCAAAACGAUGGCCAAGAAGGUUGAAAAGGUGGAAAACGACAUCAUCGCCCUUCAAGUACCACUGCAAAGAGAGUUGGCCGAAGGAGUUGAGUUCUUUGUUGACGAGAUCAACGAGUUUGACCGGGAGUUCGACACCAAGGGUCCCAUGGAGGAAGGAAUUUCGGCCAAGGAAGCUAGUGAUCGUGUGUUGAUGUUCCAGGGCAGAUUCGAGGAGCUUUGGCGCAAAUUUGAAAUGUAUGCCAGCGGUGAAGCGUUUCUUGGUCUUAAGGUUAACGAUUAUCCGAUUCUGCACAAGCGCAAGAAGGAGUUCAACCUUCUCAAUAAACUUUACUCGUUGUACCUGCAAGUGAUGCGAAGCAUCGACGAGUAUUACGAAACGCCAUGGGCCGACGUAGACAUCGAGAAAAUCAACACGGAGCUGACGGACUUCCAGAAUCGUUGCAGAAAGCUACCGAAGGCAAUGAAGGACUGGUUGGCGUACAUCGAUCUGAAGAAGAAGAUUGACGACUUCAACGACAGUUGUCCUCUGCUGGAGCUAAUGUGCAACGAAGCCAUGAAAGACCGACACUGGGAAAAGUUGGAGAACCUGUUGGGAUGUAAAUUUGAGGUUGAAUCUCCGGACUUCACCGUUGGGCAGGUUAUGGAAGCUCCUCUCCUGGCGAAUAAGGAUGAUAUCGAAGACAUAUGCAUUGGAGCGGUCAAAGAGAAUGACAUCGAUACUAAGUUGAGACAGAUUGUUGCGGAAUGGUCCGUCGUCAACCUGCAGUUUGCCAACUUUAAGAAUCGCGGCGAAUUGUUGAUCAAACCCACCGAAACGAUCGAAAUAAUUUCAAUGCUUGAGGACAGCAUCAUGAUAGUGAAUUCGCUUGCUUCCAAUCGUUUCAACGCCCACUUCAAGAAAGAAAUCAUGCGCUGGUUGCACAAACUAGUUAAUACAGGUGAAAUCUUGGAAAAGUGGCUCCAGGUGCAGAACUUGUGGAUCUACCUGGAAGCGGUGUUCGUUGGAGGUGAUAUUUCAAAGCAACUGCCACAGGAUGCGAAACGAUUCGCCGGAAUAGACAAAAUGUGGGUUCGUAUCAUGUUCCGAGCCAGGGAUAACCCGAACGCCGUAGAAUGUUGCACUGGAGAGGAAACGAUGGCCAGUACUUUGACGGCUUUGCUUGAACAGCUGGAGUCUUGUCAAAAGUCGUUGACUGGAUACCUCGAGUCGAAACGACUGAUAUUCCCACGUUUCUUCUUCAUUUCGGAUCCGGUUUUGUUGGAAAUUCUUGGACAGAGUUCAGAUCCUACGUCUAUUCAAGGUCAUCUGUUGAGCAUCUUCGAUGCCGUUGCUAGAGUGGAGUUUGAAGAGAAAACUUUUGGAAAGAUUAUUUCGCUGUUUUCGGAUAACGGCGAAGCGGUUCCUCUGGGUAGACCCGUGUUUUGCACUGGAGGAGUUGAAAACUGGCUGAAUCGACUGCUUGUUGAAAUGCAAGAUACCAUUCGUGACAUCCUGGCCAACAUGGCGCAAAAUUUGAACAGCCCGGAGUUCGAGUUCAUCACUGGAUUCCAAACAUACUGCGGUCAAGCUGGGCUGGUUGGCGUACAGCUCCUGUGGACCCGAGAUGCGGAGUAUGCUUUAAGAAAGUGCCGAACUGAUAAGAACAUAAUGCGCAAGACCAACCAGCGUUUCCUGGACUUGUUGAACAGCUUGAUCGAGUUGACGGUGAAAGACUUGACAAAGCUACAGCGAAUUCGGUUUGAGACAAUGGUGACCAUCCACGUUCACCAGAGAGAUAUCUUCGAUGAUUUGGUACGGUUUAAGAUUAGAACGCCCCUUGACUUCGAGUGGCAGAAGCAGGCCCGGUUCUACUACAUUGAAGAGACGGAUGACGUGAUUGUGAAGAUUACGGAUGUGGACUUCAUCUAUCAGAACGAGUACCUGGGUGUGACCGAGCGUUUGGCGAUCACACCACUUACUGAUCGAUGUUAUAUCACGUUGGCGCAGGCCAUCGGAAUGUCUAUGGGUGGCGCUCCCGCUGGCCCGGCCGGUACUGGAAAGACCGAGACGACGAAGGAUAUGGGUCGAGCGCUUGGGAAGCUCGUGGUUGUGUUCAACUGCUCCGAUCAGAUGGAUUUCAGAGGAUUGGGUCGUAUCUACAAGGGUUUGGCGCAGUCUGGAUCGUGGGGUUGCUUCGACGAGUUCAACCGAAUCGAACUUCCGGUAUUGUCGGUGGCUGCUCAGCAAAUUUAUAUUGUCUUGACCGCCCGCAAGGAGAAGAAAACGGAGUUCAUAUUCAGCGAUGGUGACACUGUAUCAUUGAACCCCGAAUUUGGCCUGUUCAUUACAAUGAAUCCUGGUUAUGCCGGGCGACAAGAGUUACCGGAGAACUUGAAAAUCAUGUUCCGAUCCGUGGCGAUGAUGGUGCCGGAUCGACAAAUCAUCAUGCGUGUAAAGCUGGCCAGUUGCGGUUUCAAGGAAAACGUCAUUCUAGCUAGGAAGUUCUUCACGCUGUAUAAGCUGUGCGAGGAGCAACUGUCGAAGCAGGUGCAUUACGAUUUCGGAUUGCGGAACAUCCUCUCCGUAUUGCGUACCUUAGGAGCCCAAAAGCGGGCAAAUCCGUCCGACACAGAGGAAACCAUUGUGAUGCGAGUCUUGCGCGACAUGAACGUUUCCAAGCUGGUAGAUGAAGACGAACCGUUGUUUAUUUCGCUGAUUGAAGAUCUGUUCCCGGGUAUCAAGCUGAGCACCUCAAGUUACAAGGAUCUACAGAGAGCGAUCGCAAACAGUGCGGAGUCACUCGGUUUGAUCAACCAUCCAGAGUGGAACUUGAAGGUCAUCCAGCUGUACGAAACAUCACUGGUCCGACACGGUUUGAUGACCUUGGGACCUACGGGAGCUGGUAAAACUCGCUGUAUUCACACUCUGUUGAAAAGCUUCACCGAACUGGGUAUGCCGCACAAGGAAAUUCGGAUGAACCCGAAAGCAAUCACUGCUCCGCAGAUGUUCGGUCGCUUGGACGUAGCCACAAACGAUUGGACGGAUGGUAUUUUUUCGACCUUGUGGCGACGAACGCUCAAAAUCAAGAAGACGGAGUAUGUGUGGCUAGUGCUAGAUGGACCGGUAGAUGCCGUGUGGAUUGAGAACUUGAACUCCGUUUUGGAUGAUAACAAAACCUUGACUUUGGCCAACGGUGAUCGGAUAACGAUGGCGCCCAAUGCAAAAUUGGUCUUUGAGCCGGAUAACGUGGACAACGCAUCGCCAGCUACGGUCAGUCGAAUGGGAAUGGUGUUCAUGAGCGCGUCGGUGUUGAAAUGGGAACCAAUAUUGAAUGGAUGGUUGAAAGCGAAGCCAACGGAGGUUGCCGAUACGCUUUGUAAGUUCUUUCACAAGAUCUACGAUGAUCUCCACUUGUUUGUACAAACUAGACUGGCAGCCAAGAUGAAAAUACUAGAAGCAAUCUACAUCAGACAAUGCUGCGAUAUUUUGGAAGGUCUGAUCGCUCCCAAGGAAGGCACACAGAUCGAAUUCUCCGACAAACACUUGGAACGUCUGUUCCUAUUUUCUGUGAUGUGGUCCCUGGGCGCCGUACUUGAACUGGAAGAUCGCGAGAAGAUGGGCGAGUUUAUUGCGAAGCAUCCUUCCAAAAUGAAAUGGCCAAAGCUGCAACCCGGUGAAACUAUAUUUGAGUACGUUGUUUCGGAAGAAGGUACUUGGGAGCAUUGGAACACUCGAGUAGAAGAAUACAUUUAUCCAAGCGAUAGCGUCCCGGAGUUUGCCAGCAUUCUCGUACCGAAUGUGGAUAACGUGCGAACUGCUUAUUUGAUAGACUUGAUAGCAAAGCAAUCGAAGGCAGUUUUGUUGAUCGGUGAGCAGGGAACUGGCAAAACGGUAAUGAUCCAAGGAUACAUGCUCAACUAUGAUCCAGAAAGCCAUCUGUCGAAGAGCUUCAACUUUUCAUCCGCUACAACGCCGAACAUGUUCCAACGAAUCAUCGAAUCCUACGUUGAAAAGCGAGUCGGAACGACCUACGGUCCCCCAGGACAGCGGAAAAUGUCUAUCUUCAUCGACGACAUCAAUAUGCCGGUGGUAAACGAAUGGGGCGACCAGGUGACUAACGAGAUCGUCCGGCAGCUGAUGGAGAAUGUCGGGUUCUAUUCCCUUGACAAACCCGGCGACUUCUCAACCAUUUUGGAUAUUCAACUGCUGGCAGCUAUGAUUCAUCCAGGCGGAGGCCGAAACGACAUUCCUCCCCGACUGAAGCGACAGUUUUGUGUGUUCAACUGUGCAAUUCCUAGCAACAAGUCCAUGGAUAAAAUUUUCGGCGUUUUGGGUGAAGGUUACUUCUGCGAGUCACGAUUCAAUCCAACGGUUGUGGGAUUCAUUCCGAAGUUGGUUCCGUUGACGCGGAAACUGUGGCAAGCCACAAAGAUCAAGCUGUUGCCGACUCCCGCUAAGUUCCACUAUGUGUUCAAUCUGCGUGACUUGUCCCGCAUUUGGCAGGGAAUGCUCACGAUACAGUCGGAGGAGUGCAAAACGAUUCAAACGGUUCUCAAUUUGUGGCGCCACGAAUGUACACGAGUCAUUGCUGAUCGCUGCACGAGCUUCGCCGAUCGGGAUUGGUUUGUGGCCAAGAUGAAACAACUGGCAGAGGAAUUCCUCGAAGAAGAUGACUUGCAGUACUACACAGAAGAGGAAACCUACUUUGUGGACUUCUUGCGAGACGCUCCGGAUCCAACAGGCGAGGAAGGCGAGGAUGUGAGCUUAGAGCCACCGAAACUGUACGAGGAGAUUCCUAGCUUCGAUGAGACCACAGCUCGGGUGAAGAUGUUCAUGGAGCAAUUCAACGAGCAAGUCCGGGGGGCCAAGAUGGAUCUCGUAUUCUUCCGCGACGCUUUGAUUCAUCUAAUGAUAAUAUCGCGUAUCAUUAGGACUCCCAGAGGUAACGCUUUGUUGGUCGGUGUCGGAGGUUCCGGAAAGCAGAGUUUGACGAAGUUGGCCUCGUUCAUCGCCGGUUACAAGUACUACCAGAUCACAUUGACUAGGGCUUACAACAUAAACAACUUGAUGGACGAUCUUCGCUAUUUGUACCGUGUAGCAGGUUUAGAAGGCCAAGGAAUAUCAUUCAUCUUUACGGACAAUGACAUCAAGGAUGAAGGAUUCCUGGAAUACAUCAACAAUGUACUGAGUUCCGGAGAAAUCGCAAACCUCUUCCCGAAGGAUGAUUUGGAUCAAAUACUGAAUGACCUGAUACCAAUCAUGAAGAAACUAGCACCGAAACGCAUACCUACCCAAGAUAACUUGUACGACUAUUUCAUUUCACGGGCUCGUGCAAACUUACACAUCGUACUGUGCUUCUCACCGGUCGGUGAAAAGUUCCGCAAUCGGUCGCUCAAAUUCCCUGGCCUGAUAUCCGGAUGCACCAUCGAUUGGUUCCAGCGUUGGCCAAAGGAUGCACUGAUAGCUGUGUCGAACCACUUCCUCAAAGAUUACAGCGUUGUUUGCAAGCCGGAAGUCAAGCAAGACCUUAUCGAGAUCAUGGCCUUUGUGCAGGACAAGGUGGCCGAAAUUUGCGUUGAUUACUACGAGCGGUUCCGACGCCAGGCUCAUGUUACGCCAAAGUCGUUCCUGUCGUUUUUGGAGGGAUACAAAGUAAUUUACAAGGAGAAACACGACAAUAUUGCGGUGCUGGCCAGCAGGAUGCAGACCGGUAUGGUAAAGCUGAUCGAAGCUGCCGAAUCGGUGGACGUUCUGCGUGUCGAACUGGAAGAAAAAGAGAAAGACAUCAUCAUAGCUACAGAUGCGGCAGAAAUUGUGCUGGCAUCGGUAACCAAGUCGCAGCAGGAUGCAGAAAUUGUGAAGGCACAGGUCAUGGCAGUGAAAGAACAGGCUGAUAUUCUGGUCGCACAGAUUGCCGUCGACGAGGCCAUAGCUAACGAGAGCCUCAAAGCCGCAGAGCCUGCACUGCUUGCUGCGGCAGCCGCGCUUGACACCAUCCAGCAGUCGGACAUUGCCACGGUCAGAAAACUUGGAAAACCGCCAUACUUGAUCACGUUGAUCAUGGACGCAGUGUUGCUCCUGUUCCAGAAGCGAGUUCUACCUGUGAAACCAGAUCCUGAGCGGCAGUUCUUGACCGCUUCGUGGGAGGCUUCUUUGAAACUCAUGUCCGAGACAGGUCUACUGAAUAAACUCCAGAACUUCAAAAAGGAUUUGAUCAACGCCGAAAUGAUUGAUCUUCUGGUGCCGUAUUACAAGUACCCGUUGUACACGAUUGAAGCCGCCAGGGCAGCUUGCGGCAACGUCGCCGGAUUACUUCAAUGGACCGUAGCUAUGGGAAAUUUCUUCGAAAUCAACAAGGAUGUGCUUCCUUUAAAAGCCAAUUUGGCCAGACAACAGAAGAAAUCGAAAAUAGCGCAGGGGCAACAAGCCCAGGCAGAAGAACAGUUGCUAGCCAAGGAAGCCGAAUUGGCGCAAGUACAGAAGGAGUUUGAUGAAGCCAUGUCAAAGAAACAAGCUGUUCUAGAUGACGCCAAAGCGUGCCAGGACAAGAUGGACGCAGCAACGGCUUUGAUCAAUGGUUUGGCGGAUGAAAGGGUUCGCUGGACGGAACAGCUGUCCCAGUUCAAGAGUGAAACCGAUCGCCUCGUAGGAGAUGUGCUGAUCCUCACAGGAUUCCUCUCGUACACGGGACCGUUCAAUCAAGAGUAUCGAAACCUGUUGCAAAAGGCCUGGCAACAGGAAAUGCAAAAUCGAAAGAUACCCGUAUCGCUGAAUAUCAACGUGAUGGAGCAAUUAACCGAUGAUGCCACUAUUGGCGAGUGGAACCUUCAAGGCCUGCCGAACGAUGAGCUCUCCAUUCAAAACGGUAUCAUUGUGACGAAAGCAGCACGGUAUCCUUUGUUGAUCGACCCUCAAUCCCAGGGUAAAAUUUGGAUCAAACAGAAGGAAAAGGAAAAUGGCCUUAUUGUCACUUCGCUGGAACAUCGUUUCUUUAGAAACCACAUAGAAGACUGCGUUUCACAGGGUGUUCCUUUACUGAUUGAAGACGUUGGUGAAGAACUGGAUCCAAUCUUGGACAAUGUGCUUGAGAAGAAUUUCAUUAAAAUGGGUAACACUUACAAAGUGAAGGUCGGAGAUAAGGAAGUGGACGUGCAUUCCGAAUUCCGACUGUACAUCACUACGAAGCUUCCAAAUCCGGUUUAUACGCCGGAAAUAUCAGCACGCACAUCGAUCAUCGACUUCACCGUAACGAUCAAGGGCCUGGAAGAUCAGCUGUUGGGUAGAGUAAUUCUUACGGAGAAAAGGGAGCUGGAAUCGGAGAGAACGAACUUGAUUAAGGAUGUUACGGCUAACCGGAGGAAAAUGCAGGAAUUAGAGGCGAAUUUGUUGCAUAAGUUGUCAACAACCGAAGGUAGCUUGGUCGAUGACGUGACGGUUAUCGUGGUGUUGAACACUAGCAAGACCACGUCGAUUGAAGUCAGGGAGAAGCUGAAGAUCGCUCGUGAAACGGAAAUAAAGAUCAACAAGGCCCGAGAAGAGUAUCGACCAGUUGCGACCAGAGGAAGCGUACUGUAUUUCCUGAUCUGUAGUAUGUCGAUGGUAAACUGUAUGUAUCAGACAUCGCUGGUGCAGUUUCUGGAACGAUUCGAUAUUUCGAUGGCACGUUCGGAUAAACACAUCGUUACGUCCCGUAGGAUUAACAAUAUAAAUGAAUAUCUGACGUACGACAUCUUCAAGUACAUCUGCCGUGGAUUGUAUGAAGUUCACAAGUAUCUUUUUGUCCUGCUGAUGGCCUUGAACAUUGACCUGGAGAAGAAAACCAUCACUCAUCAGGAGUUCCAAUCGUUCAUCAAAGGAGGAGCUGCGUUGGAUAUCAAUACCUGUCCAGAGAAACCUUUCAAAUGGAUUGCGGACAUUGCUUGGCUCAAUCUGGUACAGCUUUCAUCCCUGCAUCAGUUCAGUGACAUAUUAGAGCACACAGAGCUCAAUGAAAAAGGUUGGAAGAGUUGGUUCUCGAAGGAGGCUCCCGAAGAGGAAGUAAUCCCGGAUGGAUAUCAGAACAUGGACGCCUUCAGAAAGCUCCUCCUAAUACGAGCUUGGUGUCCGGAUCGAACUCUUUCCCAGAGUAGGAAGUAUCUCGCAAUGUCACUGGGUCAGAAGUUUGCCGAUCCAGUUGUUAUCAAUUACGAUAUUAUGCUGGAGGAAAGCCGUCCUUUGACGCCUUUGGUAUGUUUCUUGUCGAUGGGUUCGGAUCCUACACCGAGUAUUGAAGCCCUAGCCAAGAAGAACGCCGUCAAAUGUCGAUCAAUCUCAAUGGGUCAAGGACAGGAGGUACACGCGAGGAAAUUAAUCGCCACGUCCUUGGAAGAAGGUUCAUGGGUUCUGCUGCAGAACUGUCAUCUGGGUUUGGAGUAUGUCAGUGAACUGAUGGUACUGAUAAUGGAACUGGAGAAGACCGGUACAGGGUUCCAUCAGGAUUUCCGAGUUUGGGUGACCACUGAACCGCAUCCACAGUUCCCGAUUACGUUCCUUCAAACAUCAGUCAAGUUUACAAAUGAGCCUCCGUCGGGCGUGAAGGCCGGUUUGAAGCGUACCUACGGAUCGAUGACCGUGGAAAUGUUCGAAUACAGCGAAUCACCGUUCUACGUGCCGUUGAUUUUCGGUAUUUCAUUUUUGCAUACUGUAGUUCAAGAACGGAGGAAGUUUGGACCACUCGGAUGGAACAUUCCGUAUGAGUUCAACUCGGCUGACUGGUUGGCCAGCUGUAUGUUUGUGCAGAAUCACUUGGACGAUCUGGAUCCGAAGCGUGGUAUCAGCUGGAAGACUGUCCGUUACAUGUUGGGCGAGGUGCAAUACGGAGGACGUGUGACGGAUGAUUACGAUAAACGACUGUUGAACACCUUUGCGAAGGUCUGGUUUUCGGAUGCUAUGUUCAUGGAGGAGUUCAGUUUCUUCCGGGAGUACCGGAUAAUGCAAUUCAAAUCGCUAGAAGAAUACUUGGAAGCGAUCGAGUUGAUGCCAUUGGUAGAUCCUCCACAGGUGUAUGGAUUACACGCCAAUGCAGAUAUUACGUACCAGAGCAACACCACAAAGGAGAUUCUUGAUACUAUCGUGUCGAUUCAACCUAAAGAGUCCUCUGGCGGUGGGGGAGAAACGCGCGAAGCCACCGUGGCGCGACUAGUUAACGAUAUGCUGACCAAGGUUCCCGCUCCUUACGAUCCGUACGCGGUGAAAGAACGACUCAAGAUUAUGGGCCACCUUGGAUCGAUGAACAUUUUCCUGCGGCAGGAAAUUGAUCGUAUUCAGAAGAUUAUUCAACUGGUGAGAACAACGCUGAAGGAUUUGCUCCUGGCCAUCGACGGUAUAAUCAUUAUGAAUGAACAAUUGCGGGACGCGUUGGACAACAUCUACGAUGCCCGCGUACCGGAAGUCUGGAAGCGCGGUAGCUGGGCGUCGGCUUCGUUGGGAUUCUGGUUCACCGAAUUGAUCGAAAGAAAUAACCAGUUCUACACGUGGUGCUUCAAGGGUCGGCCGAACAUGUUCUGGAUGACAGGAUUUUUCAAUCCGCAGGGUUUCCUCACUGCUAUGCGACAAGAGGUGGCCCGAGCCCACAAAGGAUGGGCGCUGGAUGUCGUAACACUGCAUAACGAUGUGACGAAGAUGUUGACGGAAGAAUGCAAGCAACAUCCCGAUGAAGGGGUUUUCGUUUACGGUUUGUAUCUGGACGGAGCUGGCUGGGAUCGCAGGAAUAACCGCCUUCAGGAGUCUAUCAACAAAGUUCUCUACACGGCCAUGCCUGUGAUACACAUCUAUGCGAUCAACUCCACUGCACCCAAAGAUCCAAAGCUGUACGAAUGUCCCGUUUACAAGAAAUCGAAUCGUACCGACCUGAACUACAUUACGCCGCUUUGGUUGCCAACUUUGAAAGCACCAGAUCAUUGGAUAUUACGUGGAGUUGCGUUGUUGUGUGAUAUUAAAUAAUUUGUAAUUCGUCAGUUGUUCAUGCUGUCGUACAAUAAACUUAUUCUCACUUAA